GAAGCGAAAAUGGGAGGCUCAAAUAAUUUUGAGAUGCUGGAAAAACGAAGAACAUCGGUGAAAAAAGACAGUCUGGUCGUGCCUGACAGUGAAGAUACAACAAACUGGCGGUUGAUCAUUGUCGCUGGAAUAGUUUCCGCAUUGAAUGCCGUGGAAAAUUCUGUUUUGGGAAUCGGAGAGUGGCCAUACAUGAAAGAGAUCGACAAGGAUGCAACCGCUCAAUUUUUCGGUAUGGCAACGUCAGCAUCCAAAUGUGGUCAUGCUUUGUUUGCGCUUGUUUUCUCAAUUUGGAGUUACAAAACACAUUCAGUCAAAAUUCCACUUCUCACAAGUCGGUUAAUUGCAAUCGUUGCAUGUGUCAUAUAUUUGAGUAUUGAAUAUGUACCGGUGAAUAAGAGAUAUGUUCUGAUGUCGGUUUAUAUCCUUCUGGGAAUUGCUAACAGUGCGACAACAGUACUUCGUGGAUACAUCGCGAUGUGCUCAUCAACUCAAGAUCGCCCCAGAGCUUUUGCUGUUAUUGGACUUUCCAUAAUUGUAUCAAUUGUUGUUGGUCCAACACUUCAACUAAUCUUCAGUAGCAUUGCCUACCCAGGAUACGAAAUUAUGCCAGGAAUUAGAUUCCAUAUCUACUCCGCUCCGAUUUGGUUCUCAUUCAUUUUAACAAUUCUUACUGCUGUGUUCAUUGGAUUUUUCUUGCAAGACGUCCACCGUGCAUCAACAGAAAGCAAAAUUGAAGAGGAAAGCAGUCGUCCAAUGUUCUCCAUGGAACAGCUGAAGGAGACAAUUGCCACGUUGAAGAGAAGUAACCUCGAUUGGAGUCUCAUUGGAGUUUGUCUUUUUGUGAAAAUUGCCGCCACCUUCUCACAUGCCACUAUGCAAUCAAUCAUGUCGAUUCUAUUCAUGGUACAGUAUGGAUGGACUGGAACGGAAACCGUUCGUAUGGGAUCAAUGCUGAUGGUUUGCUUUGGUGUUCUCUCUUGUGUCGUUCUACUUCUCUAUAUUUUCUGUAGACUGGGUCAAAUUCUUCCCCAACAAAAAGUCUUCCUUGUCUGCACAAUUGCAUCUGGAUGUGUCUUCCUUAUUACCUACCCAUAUGAAUUUAGCAGUAAACCAGUUGUUCUUUAUAAUGAAACAACUCACGCUGGAUGUAAUCCAGUUGAAUAUUCUUGGUGUGAAACUGCCGUCGCUGUCAACCCAUACUUUUUUAUGAUUGUCUCCAUUAUCGUCUCUGCUCCAUCAAUUCCAAUGAUGCACACUGCACUUGAUACAGUUUAUUCUCGUAUUCUAGGAAAUGUAGAUCAAAGUGUUGCUCAAGGAGCAAUGACAAUUGUUGACGAUAUUGUGUUUAUGGUAACACCCAUCUUUACAACAACUAUGUUCACCUUGCUGGGAGUUGGACCACUAUGGCUCAUCAAAUCAUCCGUUUUCUUCGCAAUUGCUGCUGUCUGGUUCUUGAAUCUCAAGAAAAUAACUACUCACAUGUAUUAAUCAUGUUUUUUAUUCUGUUGUGAACUUAUAAUAACGGGUUUAGUUGCAUUAUGCUGAUAGCGGUAAUAUUUAUUAAAACCGGUUCCGAAAACAAAAACAAGACAUUUAAUAUGUUAAUAAAGAUUUUCAAA